AUGCGACCCUCGAAUCUUGCAGCGAUCCUUCCAUCCCCCAAAGCAUCCACUCUCACGAUCUCUCCAGCCCCAUACUCACCUGCUUCCUCCGGCGAAGUAGUGAUCAGAACUCAUGCCGUGGCAAUCAACCCGGCCGACUGGGCCAUUCAACGACUCGGCAUCCUAAUUUCAGAGGAAGACGGUUAUCCAUGUAUCCUCGGGUGUGAUGUUGCUGGGGAGGUCGUUGAGCUUCCUUCUGCAGGGCAGCCAGACGGACGGAUUGCGGGACUCAAGGUCGGCGAUCGUGUGAUCGGCCAAACAGGGCCACUAAGGUUCAAAGAUUCCAAAGACUUGGAUCUUGCUGCGGAUGACCUCGAACAAUGGCGCGGCAAAAAGGUGUAUGCCUACUCUUCUUUCCAAACAUACGUGGUCCUACUUUCCCCGUUCGUGGCAAAGAUUCCUGAGGCUAUGACCUACGAAGACGCGGUUGUGUUGCCGCUUGGCAUGACGACAGCCUCUAGUUGUCUAUUCCCAGAGGUUAUGUUGGGAUUGGAUAUGCCCCCUGCCAAAGACAAGCCUGAGAAAAAAAACAAAACUAUCAUUGUCUGGGGUGCGUCUUCCAGCGUAGGCUCCUGCGGCGUUCAGCUUGCAGCACAGGCGGGUUAUGCCGUUGUCGGCAUCUGCUCACAGAGGAACCAUGAACUCGGCAAAUCGUUGGGGGCGGUAAAAUGCUUUGAUCAAGGUGAUCCAAGCGUCGUCGAAUCCAUGGUCUCUUACCUGAAGAGUGAAGGCCAAGAGGUGAUGGGAGCGUACGACGCCAUCUCCAAGCCCGCGACGUUGCAACCUCUCUGCGAAAUCCUUGACAGAUGUGGUGGUCGGAAGUUCAUCGCCGCCGUCUUCCCAGGCGCCGAACAGUACGCCACUCACGAUGUGUCCAUCGUGACAAACCUGUCAACAGUGAGCAAAUUUGGCGCCGGUCUUGCGCCAAAGGUAUGGGAUUGGCUUGAGAGUGCGCUGGAGGACCACCGGAUACAAUGCAUGCCUCCCCCCGAACACAUGGGGGAGGGACUCGAGAGUAUUCAAGACGCAAUGGACAAACUGGCCGGGGGGACAGUGAGCGGGAGGAAACUGGUGGUCACUCUCUAG